AAAGACUGAAGUUCCUAAAAGACAGAGUUCUAAGUUCUGUCCAUUGCGCCUGCAUAACUCGACAACGUAUCUGUUCCUCACUCGAGAAUGUUCUUCAUUAAAGAACUCUCGCAUACCAUCCUCCUGCACCCAUCAUACUUUGGGCCGCGGAUGCUUCAAUACCUGGAAUCAAAAUUAUAUGCAGACGUCGAAGGAACAUGCUCUGGUCAAUUUGGCUACAUCAUCGCCGUCGUCUCGAUUCUCGAUAUUGGGAAGGGGAUGGUACUGAGUGGUAGCGGCCAAGCUGAAUUCAUUACUCGGUACCGCGCGAUUGUGUUCAAGCCAUUCAAAGGAGAGGUCGUGGACGGUGUUGUUAAUAAUGUCAACAAGAUGGGAUUCUUCGCAGACGUGGGGCCGUUGACAGUGUUCGUAUCACAUCAACUGAUCCAUCCUGAUAUGAAAUUCGAUCCAAAUUCAAACCCGCCAUCGUUUGCGUCGGAUGACCAGAUUAUCGAAAAGAACACGAAGGUGAGACUAAAGAUUGUUGGUACUCGAGUUGAUGCCACAGAAAUUUUCGCGAUUGGUACUAUAAAAGAAGACCACUUGGGCGUGAUUGAAUAGUGCUUCCUUGGACUCACGUCUUUCAUUGUUCUGCUGCUGUAUGUAUUUUUAUUCGCUAUCCUAGUUAUUCAUCAAUCAUCAUGUCUGACAACAUCGAGCGAGAGCGAGCCGUUUCCCCUUCUAUUCUUGCAUGGAGACAACUACAGUAUCCUUAACUGUGAGUCAAGUCAGAACGCUAGAACCAACUUGAGAUCUUUCGAUCAGUAGGCGCACGUUCAAUUGUCUGACCUCCUUCAGCUCAAUCGCUUCACUCGCAGUAAG